AUGUCUGGAGGUGUCUUCUCCGAGACACUUCAAUCCAUCACUACUACAAAGCUUACCGAACUUUCCAAAAAGCGCCAUCAUUUUGAAAGCCAAAAGGAUGCUCUCUCCAAUAAAUUAAGCAAUGAACUCGAUCAACGAAAAAGACUAAAGCUAUUAUUGGAAGGUGUGAAACAAAGCUUUGCAAUUACGACAUCAAUCACGAAGAAGCGUAGUCACGACAAUGACAUUAAAUUAUCUCCGCUUGAACUACUUGUCAAGAAUCUCGAGAAGUUUAUUGCACAAGCUGAAUAUGACCCAUCCAUCUCUGAUAAGACUCUAGAGCAAUGGGAAAAAUAUCUGGUGCGUCACAUUGAUGUGCAAUCAUCAAAACACCAGUAUGCGACUUUGUAUGGAGAGUUGGUUACAGAAUGGCUUUCAGCAGAGCAGCAACAGAAAGCCGUCGAUGUUGCCAAUGACACUUCGGAAAUUCAUGAAGAAUUUCAAAAAGUCAAGAAGGAGAGUGUUGCUAGGACUGAGGGUCGAGCAAAUUGGGAAGAUUUGGUCUUUCAACCAUUCGAAACCGAUGAUAAGGUGAUCACGGCAUACCUGGCUACCUUGUUUGGAAUGGAUGGGAAGAAUGGGCAAGCCAAGAAAGCCUUAAUUGCUCUACGAAAAGAAGUUGAGACAUUCGGCAAUACCUUGUCUGCCCCAGGUCAAUUUAAUCCUACUGUUUUACGUUGGACUAUCGAUGGCCUUAUAUCUUCCGGUCUUUUAUCAGAUGAAAAGCGUGCAGCGCUGAAGGAUUUUCUUGCCAGUCCCGUCAUUCUUACAGAAGUUGCAGAUGUUCUGAACAUGCGUCUUGCAUCCAUUGAUAUCUGGGAAUGGAACAGGGACAUUGCUGUUGAGCAAAGACGUCACCUUAAUGGUACGCAUCAUAUGUUCAUUGACGAAGAUCUCCUAGAAGCACUGUUCCUUCAAUACAUUGGCGUUAAAUGGUCUGUUUUCUUCAAAAAAGCCUUCAUAGAUUUCUCCAAUUUCGAUGGAGCAUGGUCAAAAAUGAACAAACCUAUUCCCCCAAUUGAUCUGAUAAGAAGAGAAUUCUACCUGGGACCAUCAUACAACCGUCAGGGAAGUGUUAUGAAGAAGCGAGAGGAACUUUACAAAUCCAUAUACUUCAUGUCUCAGCUUCCUGAUUCGGAACAAGAUGAGCAAGCAGAUCAGGACGGAGUCGAAGAAGCUAAUUAUGAUAUGCUUGAAUUACCCGGACAGCGCUUGAGUCUAAGGCGGGGACCAGCUAUGUCUCACCGUAACGUCAUGCAACCACAGCAACCACAGCAACCACAGCAAACACAGCAAACACAGCAAGCUCCGCCUCCUGCACCCAAGCGAAAGAGGGCAAAGGUGCAGGCACAGGCAACUGGAUUCGAUUGUACUGCAAAUUCACUUGCAGAUUUUGAUUUCGAUUCAUUUCUAACCGCCGAUGAAGGGGAUUCCGAUAAUUUGCCGAAAACGCCAAUGGAGAUCAAGCAAUUCAUACUUCAUUUACUGUCAACCGAGAUUAACAUUAAUACAAAGCUUCAUGGCGAGAUAAGCUGUGCUCGCUCCGAAUUUGAGUCAUUUGGUCCAUCAUUGCCACAUUCCACGAUUUUCUGUGUUCUUGGUUUCUUUGGUUUGUCGGUAAAGUGGUCGAGAUUCUUUCAAAAGUUUCUUGAAGCUCCACUGAGAUUUGUCGAUGAUGAUAUAUCCGCGGAAGCUCGCAUUCGGAAGCGUGGUGUUCCCAGUGCUCACGCUUUAUCUGCUGUUUGCGGGGAAACAAUUCUUUUCUGUCUUGACUACGCUGUAAAUCAAAGCACAGAUGGAGUUCAACUCUACAGAAUGCAUGAUGACUUUUGGAUUUGGUCGCCUUCUCACCAAUCUGUUGUCAAAGGAUGGAACUCGAUUCUCCAAUUCUCGGAAAUCAUGGGAGUUACGCUUAACAAAGGUAAAACCGGCUCUGUACGCAUCACAUCUAGUGAUUCCAAGCAGCCCAUAGACCCUUCUCUUCCUGUCGGAGACAUUCGCUGGGGCUUUCUUAAACUAGAUCCUACCACCGGCCACUUUACCAUCGAUCAACCUAUGGUCGAUCAACACGUUUCAGAACUUCAAUCCCAGCUCCGCGAUAAGAAAAGUGUCUUCUCGUGGAUCCAAGCUUGGAAUACUUAUGCCGGUCGCUUCUUCACCUCGAACUUUGGAAAACCAUCGAAUUCCUUUGGUCGUGCACACGUUGACGCCAUGCUAUCAAGUUUCCGACACAUUCAAAAUCUCAUUUUCACUAAUACAAACGUGGUUUCAUAUCUCAAAGAUACUUUGAAAGAGAGAUUUGGGAUCGAUAACGUCCCGGAUGGAUACCUUUAUUUCCCGACUAGUCUUGGCGGUCUUGAGUUACACAAUCCCUUCAUUGGGCUUUUACAAUUACGAGAUGGGGUAUAUGAAGCUCCGGAAACGUUGAUGGAUAAUUUCUUCGAGUCGGAGAUUGAAGCAUAUAGAGUGGCUAAAGAUAAAUUCGAAAAGAGAGCUCCUCAAGUCAAUGUGGCAAUGGCGCGUCAUUGGCAAUACGACGGUCGCGAUCUCUCUGAUCUACAAGACUUUAUGUCUUUCGAAGAGUUCACCCGAUACAGAGAAAAAGCUGGUAGUUUUCAUGAAGGAAACCUAUUUGAAGUCUUUGAGAAUCUACUCAAGCAACCAAGCAAAGAAUCGGCGGAUUGGGAUGAGUCUGAUAUGAUUCAGGCAAAGGCAAUUGAAGGUGGCCUUUCUUCGGCGUUUGAGGGGAUGGACAUGGGAUAUUGGAAAUGGGUUGUGAAGCUUUAUGGGGAAGAAAUGAUAGAGAGAUUUGGUGGAUUGGCUGUUGUGGACAAGGGGUUGUUGCCCACUGGGAUGGUCAAUUUAGUUAGAAGUGGAAAGGUUCAAUGGCAGGGUUGA